UCAACCUAUACAUAAUAACCGCGCUCUGCGCGCGCAUACAUAUGUAUCCAUGCAUGUAUCAAUGCGCCAGCAGGAACACUGUUUCGACGGAUCAAAAGAAGAAGAAGAAGAAGAAGAAGAAGAAGAAGAAGAAGAAGAAGAGGAGGAGACUCUUUUUGUGCUGGCUGCCGGCGCGGAGAUACAUAUCCUGCGCGAGAGUCGCGUCAUUACUUUUAAUUUGUUAGUGCAAUAGUCAAAUAUAAUUGAGAAUUAUAUCUGAAGUGAGAAUUUUUAUUACACUACUGUAUAGUCUGAGAUAUUUAAAUACUUAUUUGGUAUUGAGCUUGGAAUAAUAAUUGUAACGAUGAGCGAUCCAAAUACUUUGACCGAUAAUAUAGUAAACGAUAGUUUACCAGACACAAAUGAUAUUUGUGAAAAAGUACUUGAUAAAAAAGUGUGUACUGAUAACGAUGUGACAGAAUGGUCUAUUGUUCACUUUAAUAGUGACGAAGAAGAGAAUGUUGAAAGUUUCAGUCAUUUGAUUCCAUCUUCAUAGAUUACAACGAAUGGAACAUUAAGUUGGUAUCCUAUGGAUGAAAAUAAAGCAACAAUACAAAAAAUAGUUAAACAAUGUUCCAAAGCAAGUUCGAAUUGGAAUUGUUAUUCAAUAAAAAAGAUACAAGAUGGCAUUGGUAAAGUUAACAAUAUUUUUUUGUAAAUUUAUUCUUCAACGUUAUACGGUAGAUUGUUUUAAUAUCUCCAUUUAAAUGCUUUUUAUGCUUUUUACAAAAAAAUAUUUUAAUCAAAUAGUUUCAAGAUAGACGAAUAAUUAUAAAAUCAAUUUUUAAAAAAAUCUAUUUUUGAUCACAUAAAGGUUACUGCCAUUUUUUAAAAUACAAUGUGAUAAUAAUAGUAAUAUUUUUAUUCAUAAAUUGAUUCUGCUCUAAUUUGUUUCUCUGUAAACAAUAAAACCCUAGCUUAAAAUCUUUUUGUAAAAGGUACAGGAAAAAAAUAUUUAAAGGUCUUGAGUAAUCGCCAUGGUCAUAUUAGAAUCAUGACAUCAUAAACGAGAAAUGACACAUUUAAGUUUCUUGCAUACUAUUUGUAAAUAAAAAGAAUUUGGAUAAAAUCAAAUGAGGUCGUUUCAAAACAUUUGUACAAAUGUGCAGAAAGUAUCUUUUCUUUUCUGUCAAUCAAUAAAUUAUGGUUAAAGACUCGUGAUAUGAAAGCAAGAAAACAUGUAUAGGUGUUGAAGACAGCAAAAAAUAUGUUUUACAUAUAAAAUUCAAAAAUAAUUUUACUUGCGGCAUAUUUUUACUUUUUCACAAUAAAGCACAUAAUAACGAAAUGGGGUAUAUAUAAGAAAAAAUGUGAACGUUCCAUGCCUAUUAUUUCCAAUUCCUGUCGCGAUACUGUAUCGAUAUUGUUUUUGGCCGACUAGAAACGAGCUUUAAGUAGAGGUAUUAAAAUGUCCUUAUGUAUUUCUGUGUGCUCUUGUUACUAAAGUUUCUAAUUUUUUUCAGACAAUUAUGAUCGGGGGAUGAAAAUGCUUGUUAAAAUCUCAAAAAAUCCUAAUGCUACAUUAUAUUCAGAUGUUGAAGAAAAAGGCAAAGGAAAGCGAUUAAAAAACCGAUCAAGCAUUUUGAUGAUUCCGACAAAGAAAAUAAUCGAAAUUAUUGCGAUAAAAAACAAACUUUAUUGUCAAUGUUACCACCAAUUCCAAAAUUGAAUGAGAGUAAGUCGACGCGGCCAUUAUGUAACAAAAUGGAUAAAAUGGACAUAAAUGUUUCUCAUGAAAUAUUGCAAAACAAAAAUACCGAAUGUAGGAAUAUUGGAAUAAAACUUUUGAAAGAUAAUACAGAGAAGCACAAAUCAAAGUCAGCAACCACUGCUUUAGAAGAAAUAUACAGUCUUAAAAAAUUUUCCAGUGCAAAAGGAUGUAAAAUGAAGUCAAAAACAAAUCAUAAAUGUGCUUACUCCUCUGAUGGAGAGGUCACAUUGGAAUCUCUUGCAGAUGCAAUUUGUCAUCUUAAUGCUGAAAUAUUAUCAUAUAAAUUGAUUUUGCGCAAAAUUGAUAAAAACAUAGAAAGUUUUUUGAAAUGUGAAAUACUGACUAAAAGCCAUGACAAACCAACUGACAAUGUUCCUCCUAGCGUGCAUAUUCUUAAUGAAUUUCCAAUAAGAAAUACAAAUGAUUUAAAAACGAUGGAGCGAAAAUUAAAAAAAGAUGAAACUUUUUAUUCUGCAGUGGUUGACGCUUUACAUUCAGAAAUUAAAGGAGCAUCUAUUCAAAAAGUGGUAAAUUCCGUGCUCCGGAUUAUUUUAGAUGAUAAAAUGGCAAGUUCUUUUAAUUGGAAAGGUCAACGAGGAACAAAACUAAAAUUAUCAAAUCGCCGGAUAAGCAAGUUAAUGAUUGAAGCAGUUGGUAAGGAAUUUCCAUCAAUAAACGAAACCAUAUUUGGUAGAAAAGCAGGACCUUGGCUGGCCCAAGCCACUUUUCGUAUAAAAAACAGACACACGUUUAAAGAAGCUCCAGAUGACAAUAGCUCCGAGAGUAAUUCUUCCAAGAGUAAUUCCUCCAAGAGUGAUGUAAGUGAGGACGAGGAUAAUGAGCAUCAACAAUAAACAAUAAAAGAUAUAUAUACGUAUGUAUAUAUGGAUAUAUACAUACACAAAUGUUGUUUAUAUAAACAAAAUAUAUGAGUUUCAAAUCUAAAAUUUUAAA